GGAAUUGAAAUCCGCUAAGAAAAGGGCCCGAUCUUCAAACUGGGAUGAAGAAGAAAAGGUUAUUGUCAUAUUAAAUUUAUUGUUACUUGUACUGUAUUUAUCUUGUUGCACCAAAAUACCUGUCCAAAUUGUACUAACUCUGAACUUUGUUAUUUUCUUGCAGAGAAUCUUAAGACAACUUAUAAUGGAGAAAAUUGAUAUUAUAGAAAAAAAAGACACUACUACAAAUACCAAUGCAAAGAAAAAAGCUGCUUGGCAAGAAAUAUUGUCUAGUUUUAAUAGCCUUAAUAAAAAGCCCAGGGAUAUGACACAAAUUGUCACCCAGUGGCGUAACACAAAAGGCCUAGUUAAAACUAGAGAGUCGGAGUAUCGGCGGGCCAGGCAGAUGACUGGUGGAGGACCUCCACCACCAAGUCCGCCACAAGAAGAUCUCGAACUAAUUCAGUCAUUGCCUAAUGAGUUUGUGAUUGACAGUAAUGUUUUUGAUAGUGAUAGCAUAUUUAAAGAAACAAUAAAACAGUCACAGUCAACAGCAACUGAAAAGAUGAUGUCAGAAUCUGGGUUAGCCACCACAGAAAUAGCAAUUACUGUAGAUUCUGAGAAAUCAACACAGUUAUCUAAUACUCCUGAUGUGGAAGAAAAUCCAAUUAUAUCAACACCACUAGCAGCAACAAAAGUAGAGAAACACACAAUAAAAAGGAAAUUAUAUAAGCCUAAACACAAACCUAAACAAAAUAACAAGAUUGCUGAUAAUUAUGAGGAACAUUUGUUUCUCCUCACAAAAAAGUGCAAAGAAAAUAAAGAAAAACGGGAGGAUGAAUUGCAUAAGAAGAGAAUGGCAAUUUUAGAUCUAGAACAAAAAUAUUGGGAAAAAAAAUUAAAAAAUGUUUAAAUAAAACUAUGUAUUUGUAUUUUAAAAGAAAUUCUCAAUAAAAAUGUUUCUGGUUA